UCUUGAUUGCGCAUGUCUUAUUUACCUGAGCAAUGAUGGCGGACAAAAAUUCUUCUGUGUGCAAACAUGUUUAAAUAUUUCUUGGUUACUUGAUUUUUGUCGUACAUUUGGACAGUUGUGUAAAGAUACUUCUUCCGCCUAGUAAUAUUGAAAUGGAUAGAGGCAGGAAAAAAUCCGGGAAACAGGAGGACUCUCCUUUGGUACAAGCUGCAAAGGAGGAGGUUUUGCCAGGUUAUGAAGAAUAUCUUGUACUGUUGCAGGAAAGGAACAGGUUAUUGAAGCGACUCAGACAGAAAGACAAGAACAAGAUAGAUCAAGAGAGGAGAGAGCAGGGUUUUUCACUGUAUGUUAAUGGUCCACAUAAAGAUGGUAAACCUACAUCGAAAUCCCCAGGUAAACAGGCAACAAUCCCCACACAGCCAGCUCCAAAAACAUCUAGAAAACCAAAAACAGCUGGAGAGUACCCAAGGAAUCAAAAUGUUUUGGACAACAGAGCCCUCGAAGAAAUAACACGGCAAGAAUUGGAGCGACAGAAAGAGAUGUCCCGUGCCAAGACUGCACCAAGUGCACGUGAGAGAAGACGUAAUUGGAAUGUUGACUCAUCAGUAGAAAUACGUACAACAAAAGGAGGCCAAAAAAUAAAAGCUCCAGAAAUUUUGUCUGGACGUUAUGCUGAUGAUUUUGAACCAGCUGAAGAGUCUGAUGAAUUUAGAAGCAGUGAUGAUGAAAAUAGUGCUGAUGAAUCUCCAGCUCAGUCUAAAUAUAAGAAACCUGUUAGAAAACCACCUCCUCCUAGAGAAAGUGACAUGUUUAACAGUAGUGAUAGUUAUAACAGUGAGGAGGACAGUCUGGGACAGGAUUCAGAGGGAGAUGAUCUAGAAAUUGAUGCCUCCAAGUUCUCCAGACAAUCUAACUCUUCACCAAGAAAAUCACAAAAAGCUUCAUCUAGAAAAGGGAGACAAACCAGGAAUGACUCGGAUGAUGACGAUGAUGGUUUUGGAGGAAGUGAGAAAUUACUUCUCAGUAUGAAAGAGCUAAAGACUUUGAGGCAAAGUUUGGUGAAAAAUGCCACAAUAAGACAAAGUUUAGCAAGAGAUAACUCUAGUGAAGAUGACUUCAUCCCAGAGUCACCUAUACCUGAAGUAGAGGAAGAUCUUCCAUCUGAUGAUGACUAUUCCCCAGAAGACAGUCCACGGAGAAACAUUAACCUCAAUAAACCAACCAUGAAACCUAAUGAUACCAUUGUACUAGAGUUUGGUGGUUCUGGAAACUCAUCCAAUAAAAAAAUAGAGAAGAAUUUAAGUGCAGCACGUAGGAAGGAUUUAGAUGAAGGAGAGUACAGCAGUAAUAUUGGCCGACAGAGACCUUCUUCCGAGAAACAAAACAAAAUCCCUCCCAAAGUUGUAGAACGGUCACAGUCUGCUAAAACACUGCUUUCAGAUAAUGCAGGUAAGAAGUCAGUACGUCCUUUAUCAGCUAACAGACGCACACCUGACCAGGUUUGGACUGACCCAGACAACGAGGCAUCAGCUGUCAUGGCUGCCCUGAAACAAGAAAAUGCUCAGGCCUCAAAACAUAAACAGACACCAAGACAGAGGUCUUCGCCCAAUGUUUUAGGAUCUAACAAAAGCAAGCCACAAUAUGAUCGGUCAGAGAUGCCACCAAGGUCACACCAGGUGAGGCAGUCAGAGAGUCCAAGAUCCAGUGUGAGUUCAAGCAGCACUGAACCCCUUGUGCCAAUGGAAAAAAUAAAUCAGAUUAUGGAAAAGGUUUUGAGGAUGAGUCCAAGACAUCAAAGACGAUUGGUGAACAUGCUAGGUAAGAUAGAGAAGUCAGUUGUCACAGAAAGUCUGGAAAAUCCAAUACCUAAACCUCGCAGUAAACCCAGAACUUCCUCUGAUGGUCCAAUGAGAGCUGUUCAUAGAUCUACUAACAAGAAGUCGUCAGAGGAUGAGAGUGUAAUAGAGAUACAUAUAGAGGUGACCUCUAACUGGGGUCAUUCUAUGCGACUAGGACUCACUGAGAUACAGGUGUAUGACCAGAACAACACUUUGUUACCUAUAAGCGCUGCUGAUGUCACAGUUCAUGGUGCUGAAGAAUGUAAGGGCACUCUUGAUCUACUCUUUAAUGGAAAAUUCAAGACAAAUAAGGAGAGGAAUAUGUGGAGUUGCCGGUAUCAUGCUAGAAGACCAGUAGAGUUUAUGAUCAAUGUUAGAAAUCCAAAUCCAAAAUCAGGGGAGGUGUUCUCCCUAUCUCAGAUGAAAAUAUGGAACUUUAAUAAGAGUAUAGCUGAACUUGAUAUAGGGGUUAAAGAUGUAAGGGUAUUUGUUGGUACUGAACUAGUCUUUUCUGGGCCAGUAGAGAAAGGAUGUGGAAAUCAAGUGUUUGAUUAUUGUCAUGUGAUACCAUUGAAACCUCAAGGUGCUCUCAAAAAUGGCUCAAACCCGGAAAUAGAGGUAGAAAAAGCCGAUUCUCCAGAAGUGCCAGUUCCAAAGAAAAGGAGUAGUGCUGUAAGUUCUAGUUCUACAGAAAAGAUAAAUAGAAAGAGAAUGAUAGAAGAGAGAAGGAAGGAAAAUUUAACAGGAAGUUCUAGUAGAGACAGUGUUGAACAGUCUGUGGAUAAAAGUCGUAACCGGCCACCUGUUUCACCAAGAGGUGAAAGGUCACCAUCCCCUGCUCCAAAGUUUCCUGUGAAUAAAUCACCAAGGGAACCAGCAUCUGUCAAUCAUCGUAGUAUUUCACCCCGUCCAAGUCAAGAUCGUAAGAAAACGUUCCGUAGUAUUAGCAUGUCAUCACAGUCUUCAGCAUCGUCAGGUGGUGAAUCAGCACCUAAUUCCAGACCGACUUCUGGGUUGAAGAGCCCUGCUGCACGUAGUGAAACAAGGACGAUAAAUCAUCCUGUCCUAGGAAAGAAUGCCUCAUAUAGUAACCAGGGGUCAGACAGCCUCAGUGAAAAUGAAGAUGGUCCUGGUAAAGGACAUAUGCCAGGCAAGAUGCGAGGUGUCAAGACUCCAAGAAAAUCAAAAAGAAUGGCAGCCAGACUUGAUGGUCUUGGUUCAACUGAUGUUGACAGCUCAAAAUCUCUUUCUGAAAGCACAGAGAAAAAACUACCACCUCCUUUACCUCCAAGAAAGUCAGAAGAAAAAGUUGCUAAGAAACCGGUUCAGAAAUCUAGUGAAGACAAAUCCCAGAAGGCCAGUGUACAAGCUAGUAAAGGAAGUAACAAAACUGGUAAAUCUACUGGUAAUAAAGACAAUGUGAUAGAUGAAAAGAAAGUGGUCGCUGAUCUAGCCAAGAAACAAGAAUCAGAGAGUGAACUGGAGGAAACGCUGAAAGCAGGUGGGAACACUACAGUAUCAUCAUCAGUAUCUGUAGCCUCUAGUCAGGAUGAUACACCAAUGUUACAAAAACUUAAAGAUAUGAAUAAAAAAGACCAGACUAAUUCAAGGAAGAAGGAUGUUCCAAGAUGGUUAAAACAAGAAGAUAUUUCAGGUCCAUUUGAGAACCCACCAGAGAGUCGAGAUGGUGUCAGGCCCGAGCCAGUGAAAGUAGAGGUACAGAAACCACCACCUACACAAGAGGAGAUAAAUAUGCUGAUUGAUGAAGAGAUGUCUCUCUUCCCAGAACAAAAAAAAAGUGCUAAAGAACCAGAGCAUGCCAUGGAUACAUCAGAGGGUGACAACACCCCUAUGUCAAGGAUACAGAAGAAUCGUUCUAAAUGGCGAGAAAAUCCAAGUAUGAAUUUAGAAGAAUCUUGGGGGUCAUUAUCUCAGUUCAACAAGUGCCAACGUGGUCGCCUAUCUUUGGAUAUGGAUGAUGAUGUUUUGGAUGAGUACAUUAAUAAAGCUGCCAAACUUGCUGGAUUGCCAACAGAACCUGCCAUCCCUGAAGAAGAAGGUACAAUGGAACAGCCUGCAAACAUGAGUAUAGAUGACUCAGAUGAUGAGAUGUUUACUAUACCAGAGUUACCAUAUGGUCGUGAACUGGUGAUGAACAUUCGUACUACAUGGGGAGAUAAACAUUAUGUUGGUUUUACUGGCAUUGAAGUUUUCUCUUCUACAGGAGAACAAGUAUCUAUAACAAAGAUCCAUGCAGAUCCGAGUGAUAUCAAUAUAUUAUCAGAAUAUAACAAGGAUCCUCGAGUAGUGAAGAACCUGAUUGAUGGGACUAACAGAACACGUGAUGAUAUACACAUGUGGUUAGCUCCUUAUACAGCCGGCAAAGAUCAUCUUGUAUUCUUUACAUUAGAGAAAGCUUGUAAAAUUGCCCUUAUUAGAAUAUGGAACUACAAUAAGUCACGUAUUCACUCAUACCGUGGUGCCAAAGAUGUGAUAAUGACCCUAGAUUCAUCUGUGAUAUUUAAAGGAGAGAUUGCUAGGGCAUGUGGUGGGGUAGAAGGUGGUACUGAAGCAUUUGGUGAUACAAUAUUGUUCACAACUGAUGAGGCUAUUUUGGAAGCUGUAUCACAGAAUGACGAGGCUUAUGAGGGCGAGAUGUUGAGUGAUGAUGAACCUUUUGAUGUAGAGAGACCAUCAACUGCUGAUGCUGGGGAUGAUAAGGAGAGGCCAUUUACUCGGGCAGUAGGCAAUAUUAAACAAUUAGAGAGAGAACCCACUGUGGCAUAUGAAGGAAACAUGAUGGUAUAUCAUGGAAGAUGUAUAGAGUUAAAUUUCACAGCAACAUGGGGAGAUCUUCAUUAUUUAGGACUGACGGGUCUGGAGGUGGUAGGUAAGGAAGGUGAAGCAAUACCUGUAAAUAUUGACAUGAUCUCGGCUAUCCCUAGAGAUGUUACAUCUUUACCUGGACAUGAGAGGGAUGAUAGAACUUUAGACAAAGUGAUAGAUGGAACAAAUGUGACAUUGUCUGAUGAGCAUAUGUGGCUGGUUCCCUUUGCUGAAGGCAAUAAUCAUGUUGUUACCAUAGACUUUGGUGAGAAAGUGUAUAUAGCCGGGCUACGGAUAUGGAAUUAUAACAAGAGCAAAGAAGACACAUAUAGAGGGGCUCGUAUUUUACAUGUAGCUAUAGAUAACAAGGUUGUUUCCCCUGAUGAUGGGUUUUUAGUUAGGAAAGGACUGGGUACCUGUCAUUUUGACUUUGCUCAAGAAAUAUCAUUCUCACCACAGUCCUGGAACCCUUCUGCUGGAUUGUCUGCUCUUGGACCAAGUCCAAGUAUAGAUGAGAGUCAGAAUUAUGAGGUUGUUCAAAUGCCAUGUGGAUUUAUUUACCAGUUACAGUUAUUUAGUACAUGGGGAGAUACCUACUAUGUUGGUCUAAAUGGUAUUGAACUUUUUGAUGGAAACUUACAGAAAAUACAGCUCACAGAAUCCAAUAUAUCAGCAUAUCCUGACAGUGUAAAUGUAUUAGAGAAGAUACAGAAUGAUGUUAGAACACCAGAUAAGUUGAUAGAUGGUGUAAAUGAUACAAUGGAUGGAGGUCAUAUGUGGCUAGCUCCAAUCCUCCCUGGACAUUUAAAUCGUGUGUAUGUGAUAUUUGACCAGCCUACCAGUAUAUCUAUGAUAAAGAUAUGGAACUACAGCAAGACUGCCAACAGAGGUGCUAAAGAUUUUGCUUUACUGGUAGAUGAUUUACUGGUAUAUAAUGGAGUAUUACAAGCAGUGACUACAGGUGCAAGGGGGAUACUACCUACAUGUGAAGGGCCACAAGCUUACCAUACCAUAUUGUUCACUAAUAAUAAAGACAUUCUUAGAAAGGAGAAAAAUACAAUUAUUAAUAAUCAUACAGGGGAGCAGGAUGUACAGAUGACCAAUGAUAAAAAGAUUGUUAGUCAUUAUAAUGACCCAAAGAAAGCUACAUCGGGUAAACCUGUAGAUCAAAAUUUGCGUCCUACAACAAGUGUGAUACAUUCAAAGAAAAGGAGAUGAAACUACUAGAUGACAUUGUCAGAGUUGAAUGAUCUUUCUACUGAUAUAUAGACAUAGAGAGUGUAUCUUCCAAGCUAGUGUUUAAAACUGCCAUGUUAUAAUUAAGUCCUUUGAAUAGACAAACCGCUGCAAACCUGUACUGAAACAUACAUGUAUAUUAUACAGUAUUAUGUAGUACUGUAGAUGUUGAAAAGUAAACUAUUGUUAUAGUUGUGCUUUUAUUUAAUCCAGCCAUGUGUCCCGUUAGAGAUUGCAAACAAAGCUCUACAGCUGAAAGUAUAUUCUAUUCUUUAAUUCUCAUUCAAUUUCAUCAGUUUUGUUGGCAUUAUACCCACAUACUGUUAGUCAACUUAUAUAUUGAGUAACUUGCUGAUAUUUACUCGCACAAAAACAACACACUGUUCAAAGAAUAUGCCUUUCUAUUUUAAGAGUAAUAUCACAAAGAGCAGCUAAAAAAUCAAUCUGUUAAAGUGGGUCUCUCAUUAGAUCUUAUACAGAAUCUGAAUCUCUCGCACUAAUAUUUUGUAUUCCUUUGCAUUUAAUGUUUAAAUUAAUAUUAAUUUUGAUUGUAAGAAAUGAAAAGUAAAUAUUUUCAUGAACAGAUUUUGAUAUUUCAUAAGCAUAUCUGAUUUUAUAUCCGUCCAUUAUUUUAAAGAAAUGUAAUGUAUUAUAAUAUAUAUAUGACUGUAGUUAAAUGUAUUGUAUAUUUCAUAGAAUAUUGUUUCCAUGGCAAUUGUCUUGCCAACAUUCAAUGGUUGGUAAAUGAUGAAUAAUAUAGGUUGUUCAUAGUCAAGAUGUAAUUUUGUACAUUAAGAAUGUCUAACUUCACUCUCCAUUCCAUUAACAUCAAUUAUGAUAAUCCAAACAAUUUGUCUUUAUAGUCCAAGGUAAUAAAAUUAUAAUAUUAUAUAAUUAAAAUAUUAAAUUAGACCUUUGAGUUAGCAUAAAUACAUUUUGAUGUUUUUAUGACUUUUUGUGCAUCAAGCCAUAUCAAGAUUGUACUCUCUUGAUGGAAAUAGAAAACAGCUCAACUUGUACCAAACAAUUUAUUUGGAUUUUUUUUCAGUUCUAUUUCUCGUUAUUUAUAUGCAUAAUGUUUAUGCCUUUCAAAGAAUUAUUUUGAGAAAUUUCUUUUAUUCAUGUGCCUAGACUGUAAAAUAGUAAUGCAUAUUAUUUAUUUCCGUAACUGGAUGUACAUAUUAAUGAUGCUCCCCCAUGUUUUAUUGUUGUAUAGUUAGAAAUCUACAUGUGAAGAGUAUUGUUACAUAUGCCUAACUUAAAUAUUUAUGUUACACAAUAAAAAGUUGAAAACUU